GCGCACGCACGAGAGUUUCUCGACUUUUUCGGAGGUGGCGCCUCCACUUCGCGCUCGCGGCGCACACCGUCUAGCGUCUUUUCUUCCCGCGGGGCCUUUCGCGCCCUCUCGCUUUCACCCGUGCUCCGUCUCUCGCUCUGUCCUCGCCUCGCUUUCCACCCCGUGGCCCCCGUGCUCGUGCGACGUGCCGAAUCCGCACGAACGAACGGAAAGACUGCUAGAGCGUCGCGCGUGACCCAACUUGACCCGCGUCAUUCGCGCUCGCGCGUGUGCCGGUACGAAUUUUGUUGCGUGUCCGCGCUUUCCUCGCGAGGACGGUUUGCACGCGCGACAGUUCUCCGCUUCGGUGUGCUUCGAGGUUACCGAGUGGACAGCAGUUACUACACGGGAAAGAAAGAUGUGGGCCGGUCAAGACGACACGCAGAGAUUCAAGACCAGGGUGUUGAAACCGCCUGGCGGCGGCAGCAGCGAUAUUUUCGGCGCGGCCCCGGAAGAGACGAGCCCGCGGCGCGUCAAGGCCCACAAUCAGUCCCAACUGGGCUCGGCCCUCUUCGGCGACACCAAUGGCACCGACAACGCGAAUACCGCCGUGUCGCCACGCAGCAACAAGCCCGGUAAUGAUUCAUACAAUCGUCUGUUUGGCCCCCCCGAUGCCCCACUCACCACCCCAAACGCGAGAAAUCACAUGCGCAGCAAUAUUCCCCUCAGCGGGGGAUCGUCGAUCUCGUCGUUAUCGUCGGCCGCUGCGGCGUCGCCCGCGAAGAGCACGGCCAGCAACGGCAGCAACUCGACGCCGGGCAUCGUCAACGGCUAUGCCAGCAAUGGCAGCAACUCCUCCAAUGAUAUGACAGCUUUUAGGAGAAAGAAACGAUUUCGAGGAUUGCCGACGCGCAACCCGGUCACCGGAGACGGAAUCGAGGUGACGCCCAUGAGGCGCAUCCCACGAAAGUGUCGAGAUGGUAACCCGGUAACUGGAAUCGGCUACGCGUCCGAGGCACAGAAGAACGGGCCGGUGAUGCAGAACGGAACCGCCAGCUCGAAUUCCAGCAGCAGCGGCGAGAAGUCGAGCGAUACGUCGCCUGCGACGGCAAAGCCGCCGGCACGCACCCGCGUCCCACCCGGUGGCUAUUCAUCCGGACUCUGGUAAAAGAGCGACGUCGCCAUCGGAGAUUGUCCCAUCCUCUUUCCGGGAAAGGACAUCCCGAUUCAAUUCUUUCGGCCCUGUACUCUUAAUCCAUUAAAGCCCGCCUUAAGAUCCACCUAGAGCCUUCUAAUCAUCGUCGUCACCGUAGAACGUUCCAGAAGCGGAAGUCUAUUUUGUCAAUGUACAUCUGCAACGACGGACAUAAUACCUUUUCUAUGAUUUUUUUUUUUUUUUUUAGAUAAGCGCGCGAGCAAAGAGACGCAAGAUAAUAAAAUCGUGGGCUUUGAUGGAUUAACACAUUCAUUCUCUUUCGCUUUGUACUAAUUCAAGAAAAUACAUAAAAAGUAAGAAGAAACGUGAUCUUUAGAUAUCUUGAUUCUUGAAUGAUAGAUAACUCUUUCGGCCUUAAGAGGGAACAAUAGUUAUUGUAUUAAAAUUGAUUUAGUGUGUUAUAUAUAUGUGAUACAUAUUGAUAAUCAAUCACUUCUUUCAAACAAAGAUAUUUAGCGCAGCGAUGUUCGAUAUUUAUUGGCAGGGCCGAAAGGGUUAAUGAAAAGGCCGGCGAAAGUAACAAUAAAAUCGUGAAUCCCCGAAAUGUUUGCAACACGGAAACGAGCAAAAUGUUGCGUUUGAUUAGCAAAUCGACCAUGUGUUUAAAUUUAUUUUAGAUUAGAAAAAAUUUUCUGAGAUGUUCCUAUUUCAAUUACAUAACGCAGGAAUAUUGUUUCUUAUAAAAUUAGUUAUCAAAAGCAAUAAUAUCGAACAAUAAAACGAUAGAAAUGUUUCCAAAUAUUUUAACUUCUAUUGAUUUCGUCGUUACGUUGAAAACGCGAAUGCGCACAAGGGUGAACCGAGUUCCCAAGUUCCUUGAGCGUAAAUUACCGGUCCUUCAAUUAGCAACUCCAGCACAGGUUUUAUCGCGUAACUGUAUAGAGAUAGUUAAAGCGAUCAUCGCGCGUAAAACGUACUUCUUUGUGCUUGGCAUACCGUGCUGGUCGGUAAACGAUUCGCAAGUCGUAAAUCACUUCUCUAGGAAGCGCGAUUUCCUAUCGGCAACGGUUUACAUAUAAUGAGUCACGUGAAUAAGCGGGGAAGAGCAAAUAACUCUUGAUGGAAGUAAAAACACUUGUUUUAAAAUAAAAGUAUAAGAAAAUAUCUGAAAUAUGUAAGGUGCGUAAGGCUUCAAUUCAGUUUAGGAAUCUAAAGAAGACAAGAAGUACGCUCUGAGGCAUUUAACUUGUAUCUUGAAACUCUUGUUGAUAAGUGCUUUUUUGCCGUAUUAAUAAUCUAAUUGUAGAACUUGAAUAUUAAAACUAUUGUCUACAAUAUUUUAUAACAUUCAACUCAGUCCAUCAUUGGCGUUAUCUGUUAAUUUAGAUGUUCUGAUAUUUUUUAUAUCUUCUUAAAUGUUUAAUAGCAUUUUGACAAAUAACGAAAGCAUCGUUUGUUGCGUAUUCAUGCGGUCCAUGAUUCAAAUUUCUCGUCACCAUCGAGUCCGUGAGCGUGGUGUUCUGCUCGUUUCCAGUGUUGCGUGUCAAUCCGUUUAAUUGGGAAAAUUACGCAUCCACGAGAAUUCGCUCCCACCUCGAGGUGAAGGGCAAAGAUAUGUAUAUUCACGUAUUCAUAUACAGAGUACCAAGAUUGUAGGACCGCGAUUACUAUAUACAAUAUGGCGUUGAUCAGGAGCGAGAAAUAAAAUCGUAGCACCAAUCAAUCCUGCCACGCGUCGAAAAAGAAUUGAAAGAAAGAAAAAAAAAAGCAGAACAGCACACAAUAAAUGGGAUAAUUAACACUUUGAACGGUGCAACCGUUUGAUUCGUGGUACUGUUAAAAAUAUAUGGGAAAUGAAGAAUUCAAGUCGCGAACGACAUGAGAGGAAUGGACUGAAAAGUAUAGCAGCGUGUUUGACAAUGAAAUUGCGAAAUGAAGACCUCGGAACUGUACAUUAGAAGUAGGCAUGUGUUAUUUCGAGAAAUAAAUAUGUACCAUGUAUAACCCAUUAAAACCAAGUUUCAAGUGCUUUCUUAAUCUCUCCGUGCCUUCUCAAUCGUAUGAUUUAUCGUUGCGCGAACGAUUAAAGAAAAACCGUGCUCCGUUUUUGCUCGCGAGAGAUUGCCUUCGGUGAUGUUUUGAUGAUGAAAUGAAUGGAAAGGAUGCGACGGUGUAUGCCACACUGUUCGGUAAUGUGGAAUUUGUCGCGUCACCGUCGGAGGUUCUUCGAAAGUCAAAAACGAAGAAUUGUCGUUUGAUACUCUUGAUUCAUCCGCUAUUAUUAUUUAUCUAUUUAUCGGUAUUGUAUACUCUUUAUCUUCUUUUCAACGGGCAAUGACACCUUUCGUGCCCGAAGAGUUGAGAAACGAUGACUUAUUUCUCACUCGUCGUGCACUCCGUCUGCCGUUGCCUCGCUUCUCUUUACUUAUGAUAGCAGCGCGUAAUCGAAUGUAUUUAUUUCGUAGCAAAGAGUCGUGCACAUGUAUUAUCAUUUUUUUCUUUCUCCACGUAAGAAUUUUUACGCGGUCGUUUGGUGUGAGUAAACAUUGUUUGUAACACAAUGCAUUCGUAUUCGUCAUAAGUAAUCUUUUUAUAUUCUGGCAAUGAUUAAUAAAAUUUUGUAAGCAAGA